GAUACCGCGUUUUAUCUGCGAUCAAUUCACAUUGAAUAACAAACGAUCAACCAAUUUACCAAAUGAUCCAGCAAACAAAAUGGCGGAUGAGCCGGAACCUCCUGAACACAGUGAGGAUGGCGAUAUAGAAAUUGAUGUGGAAUCAGUCGAUCAAAAGCAAAACUGUAAUGCCAUAAGAAAAAAUAAAGGCCAGUGGACGGACCAAGAAGUCAGAGUUUUUGAAAAAGGACUGGAGUUGUUUGGUCACAAGUGGACGAAAAUCGCUGAUUUGUUGGAGACCAGGACAGCAGCUCAAGUAAAAAGCUUCUCAAAGAAGUUUUUAAAGCAAAAGGAGAUAGAGGAAUCAGAGUCUUUGAUACUAAUUUCUGCGUUGACCAGUUCAAAAGUUCAUCUUAAAAUGGACGAAACAAGUGAAGAGCUGAAUGUUGAUGACUCACUGUCGAGUGCUGAAGAUGUGACCUAUUCUACAGGUGCAGUAAGUAAAACGCUGAAGGCAGUCGAGACAAAAAUUAGUUCAAACUGCAGUGAAAGUAUUCAGAAACAAGAUAAUCAAAAUGAAGUUAGUAAAGAACCGCCUGGAUCGCAUGAAUCAUCUCUGCUAACAAAUCGAUGUGUCGCUCAGAAAUCUCAGGAACAUUUUUUAAAACCAAUAACUUCGACCUUGCCUAACCAUGUCCGGUUGAAAGGCACCGUUGAAAAUGAUUUAUCGCCUUCAACGCCGAACAACUGUAUCGAAAGUAACUGCAAAGACUGCUGCAAGCGACAAAGCGAUGUUACUUGCGGUAGUGUAAAUGACAAUGCAAGCAAUGCUUGUGACCGGAAAGACUCGUCGUUGUUAAAUCAUCAUGAUAGCAAUAAAAUAGACAAUGAAAGCGAAGUUACUAGAAAUUGUCAUCGGAUCGUCAGGCAGGAGGAGACAGAGCCGAUAUCUGGUACUGGGCGUAACGAAACUGAGUCUCGGCAAGCUGUACCAAGACUUGCUAUUAAGCGAGAAAUUGAGACGCAAAGAACUUCAGAAGCAAAUAAUGAUGAGAAUGAUUUAAUUUGUAUAAAUAAAACUGAUGAAGAAAUCGACAGAGGAAAUUGUGGUUCAAAAUACUCGGCACAAGGGCUGCUUACUGACGAAACAAAGAUCACGACAAUCAGAACUAUUAUAAGUAAUAAGCAAGAAAUUGGUGAAAAUAGCGACAGUAAUUGUGACUUGCAAACAAGAGAAGAAGUAAACACAAGUAAAGCUGAUGUCAUGGUGCAAGAUUCGGAAUUGCACUUUGAUUGUUCUAAAGCCAGCAGCCCUAUGAUUGGUAGUGUUGUUGACAAGAAACUAAUUGUGCACGAGGCAAUCGAAAAAGUGGAAAUAGAUAAAAAAAGUUACGUGAAAGAAGAACUUGAUGAUGACUCAGUAUGCGAGAGAAAACUGCCUGAUAGUGAAUCUUUGUGUUCCAACAGUCACAUUUCUAACGAAAAUCGUGCGAAGGCAAGUGCUUGGGAAAAUCCAAUUGAAGCCGAGACUAUGGACAGUGAUAUAAUCCCUAAAGAUGAAGCCACUAAAAUCUGUGAUGCUUUGUUACAUGCUUUGUCUCCUGCCGAUGUUGACUCAGAGCCAGAGGAAAAAUAUGUUGUUUCGAUAAAAUUAGAAAAUUUGAAUAAGAAGACGUAUAGAAAACGGGUUUGCCGCUCAUCAACAAGACUGCUAACAAUGUUAAGUAAAGAGAGGCUUACUAAUGUAUGCCCCAAAGUAGAGGAAAAACCAGACUACAUGUCCGAAUGUAGCGAGAAAGAACUUGAGCCCAUUGCAGAAACUGAGAAGACAACAACACACAGAGGAAGAAAGUGCAGCAAAUACCAGUCGUUACCGAAGCGAACAACGCGUCAUAGCAAAUCUUCGAACCCCACUGAUGUACCUGAAAAGCUCAUUGUAUCGAUUAAUUUAGAGAAUAUUGAUUCCUAUUGUGAAGAUGAGCAACAAACCGACAAACCUGUAUGUGCUCUUUCGACCUACACUUACAGUGAAGGCUGGAUGAUACAAAAUGAAGUCGUGGAAACGCACGGGAAAAUGACCUUUUGUGUUGAUGACAUCUAUGUUGACAAGGAAGCCUUUGGAGUAAUAAAGUAUCGAAGUCUCGGAGAUAAUGGUGAAGUCAAGGAGAAAGUUGAAAUUCUUGCUUCCAAAACAGCGCCUCCUAACUACAUAUGGCCUCCAAAUGAAUCAGGGAUUGAUGGAAAGGAGGCUCCGUUUGCACCUUGUAGUAAUAUCGAGGCAGUAAAAGACAGCACUGAAGAUAACGAUAAAAGUGUCAAAAAUGAGGAAUUGGAAUUGACUUGCUAUGAUCGUGUUGUUGAAGUGGCUGAGGAAACAAAAGACUGUGAAAUUGAAAAGGAAACUAAGCAAGAAAAUUCUAUCGGUGAUGUGGCUGAGUCUCAAAAUUGUGAAUUUGAUGUUUCUGAGGGUAUUUGCAAAGAAGAAAGCGAGGUCUGCCCUGAAGUUGAGAAAUUAGACUCAACAAUGGCCACGAAUGUUGAUACUGAGACAGAGUCUGUGCCCCAGGAAGUAACCCAGGAGGAGCCCCAGGAAGUAACCCAGGAAGAGCCCCUGAAAGAGCCCCUGAAAGAGCCCGAUGAAGUAACCCAGGAAGAGGCCUUGAUGCAAACCCAGCUGCAAUGUGAACCUGAACCCCAGCCCCAGCCAACUUCAAGACAAGUUAAAAUCAGGAAAAAGAGAGGGAAAACACAUAAUAAGAUUGAUGUACUGGAAGACCAAACAUUUUUGCAACGAAGAACGAGGAGCCAGUCAGCUAAAGUAAGCGUAUCAGACGACAAUGGAAAAGACGAAAUUGUCAAUGAAAAUGUAAAGGAAGUGGAUGAUUCGUCUGACUUGACCUGUACGGAUAAAUCACUUUGCUCUGAUAGCGUUGUUUCAGAAAAAAUGACGACCAAAAAUAGCAUUUGUGAGCUCGAAACGCAACUACCAGAGGAAAGGCAGACCUACGCUGGUAAUAAAGAGCCUGGAUCGUGUGAUGAGAACAUGAAUGAAACAAAGAUUCUUGCUAAAGAUGUAGAAGUACACAUUGCUGACGUUUUAAAAGGUUGCACGAACAUCAGUCUAAUGAAAGCUGAAAACAACGAGUCAGAUGCAAAAGAUAGGGAUGUUGCCGUAGCGUGUAAAAAGGGUGUCGAUGCAAAAAAGCGAAGGGGAGGGAAAAGUAAGAAAACAAGGGCUCAACAAAACGGAGAUGAAGGAAAUGCAAACAUAAAGAGAAAAGUACUAAGGCCAAGAAGAGCUGCCAGUCGACUUUUGAGGGAAAUUACUGAGGGAGUGCAAGCAGAAUCAGCUAAUGCAGUGAAUGAUAUUGAAAAGGUGGGAUUAGCGAAUUCAGAGUCGAGUUUAGCCGAAAGUCCAGAGGCCUGUUUGAGUCAAGUGUCCGUAGAAGACUUGCAGAUGUCGGCUCAGGUUGAUCUGAGUACAUUGGUUGAUAAAUCCAAGGAAAGUACUACAGGUCUGUCCAGCUCCAAAGCAGAGUCAGAGGAUAUGAACAAAGACAAAGAGGAAUUCGUGAAACUUACGGAAGUCUCUCCACAAUUAGACGAAACAUCAAUUGUAGAAGCUGGCCAGCCAAAUGAGAAGGAGAACAUGGAGUCAAUCGAACAACGGGAAAAUGAAUUUGAAACGACUCUAGAUAACAAGCAAUCUUUGGAAGCCGUGGAGAAAGAUGUAAUGGAAGAUGAGAGCCUUUCUUUAGUUUUGAAUGUUGGUGAAAAAGAGACAUGUACAAUAACGAUCGAUGAUAAGGUAGCUGACAAAGAAGAUAACUUGAAAAAAGACUCCAAAAUUGAUAGUGAGACCGAAGAGAAUUGUACUUCUAUUGGACUUGAUAUAGAUGCUGAUAGAGUUGAUGGAAAGACAGAUUUGGGACCAUUUCCUGAACAUUCAGUCCCUAGUUAUAACGAAGAUCUGGAACUUAAUGAAGAGACAAGGCCUAGAGUCAGCACGUCAAUUAUGAGCUCCAUUGUUACGUCGCUGAGUAAUGAUUUAUUUGACAUGAACAGUUGUGGCUUGGAAUUUACUUUACCAGGCAUGUCAAAGGAUGUCCUCGUCAAGAGGGACUGUUUGCAUGGGGGUAUUGUAAGAACAAAUGAAAUUGAAGACUGCUUGCGUUUGCCACCGGCUGAUGCAUGUUCAAGUGGAGAUGAAAUGAAUGAAAUUUGCCAGCAAGAGGAUUUAGGUUGUGAAAAUGGAAGAAUUAAUUGUGAGAUGCAAUGCAGACAGCGGCUUGUGCAAGGCGAUCCACGACUAGACUGUCUUUCUCCGUAUGGCGAUACCUCAAAGUUUCUUAUUAUGGACAAUGAUGAAACCAAUCAAUGCGAGUCCGAUUUUGGCAAUGUUGAUCGCAGAAUUGAUAAAUUUGAAGAAAAGGAUACGUUUUUCAGCGAAAAUGGCACUGGUUCGCCUUUUGACGAUGAUGAGGAGACAGAGGUAGAUUUUAAGCCAGAAAACGAAAGACAGACGGAUAAAUGGGAUCAGGUCAUUUAUAAUGAUGAUAGGCCGUCUCAUGCCUGUUUAAUUGAUAAGUCACAACUUGACCCUUUCAUUAACGGAGAUGAAAUUGAUUCCAGUGGUGAAAAUCCCCGUGAAACGUUGCUUUCUGAUGUUGAGGAUUUCUCUGCUAAUGAUGUGUCCGAUGCUCAAUCACAAAACAGUUGUGAUACUAAAUAUGACUUGCCAAGUGGUCAGUUCGAGAGUGUUGCUAUGCCAACUGAGAAUUUCGCGUGCUCUGAAGAACUGAAGGAACUUCCACAUGAAAACGUGUCAUAUGCGAAGGAGGCCAGUGAAGGCUACAGCAGCGGAAGUUCAAGCGAAGAUGAAGAAGAUGAGGAUGACAGUGACAGCUCUGAAUCCGAUACAGACAGCAGCAGCAGCAGCAGUAGCCGGAGUGAUGACGAUGAUGAUGAUGAUGACACAGACGAGGAGUCAGAGACAAGUGACAGUGAAUCGGAUAUCAAUGAAGAGUUAAAGAAUGGUUCUUCAUCUGCUGAAGAGGGGAAAAGCGAUCUGUCUAGGUUAGAGGAAGAUUAUGAAAAAGAUGCAUUUGUACCCAUAAAAAUUGAUGAGAUCAUGUUUGAGGAAGGAGAAAUUUUGCCAAUAGAGCGCAAGGAAUGUAGAGAGUUUUUCAUGGGAAAGCUUUCAAAGACUCCAGAAAAGUAUCUUCAAAUCAGAAAAUUCAUCAUAAAGGAAUGGAGUAAGAUCAGACCUGCUUACCUGACGAAGAAUUCAAUCCGAAGUAAGGUUGACCCAACGGAUGCCAAUGCAGUUGGGAGAGUUUUUAUGUUUCUUGAAAAUUGUGGUGCUAUCAACGUUGGUUGCUCGAUAAAGAAUAAAUGGGUAGAACGAAUGGAGAGGCGCAGAAGCAAGUAUUUUAAUGCAAAACGUGCAGAGAAUUCAGAAAUUCCAACUGGGGAACAGAAACGGAAAAGAGGAAGACCUUCCCAGAAAGACAGUAUUCUCCCGAAGACUACCAAUCAUAUCCAGGCAGAUGAAGAGACAUUUUUAGACUUUAAUACGAUUACUGAAGAAGAGAAGAAAGCCAAUCCGCAAUUUUUUAAUGGAAAUAAAAAUAAAUCUCCUGAAAAAUAUCUUAAAAUGAGAAAUUCUAUAAUAUACUGUUGGCUGGACUCGAAGCCUGCGUACCUAACCAAACAGGCAGCACGAAUGGCUAUGUCCUGGUAUUGUGGAGAUGUGAAUGCUAUUAGCCGUGUACACGAUUACCUCGAGCAAAUCGGAGCAAUCAAUUUUGGGUGUGCCCAGGAGCCCAGGAGAGGAAGGCCGAGUCGCGCACGAAUGAACCAAGAGCGAUGUGUGACGGUUCCAAAAGACAAAGAUGCUGAAAGGGAUGGGUCGGUGGGCACAAAAGCUGCAAGAAUGAAAUCUGCACAGAAGAAAUUAGAAGAUAUAUCAAGGGAAGUAGAGCUUGAAAUGGGCAAGCCAGUCGCACCGUGCAGUAUCGAAGACGCAUUAAUUCCAUUUGAUAAUUAUAGCAGAGGAGCCAAAAGAUCCACUGAUGAUAUACUGAGCAUAGAUGAGGGUGAUUUGUUAAAGCCAAGGUCAAAACGAGGCAGAAAACCGAAAAUACGACAAUGCGAACCGGAUUCUACAGUUCACGAUGAGAAUUUGUUGAGUGAAAAGGAACUGAUCCGUGUGCCACCAAGAAAUGGUUUAAUACCUGUAAAAGAUUUGAUAUCAGAUCGUGAAUCCGGUCCUGCUUCAGACAAAAGCUCGAUUGGUGACUCUGGUUUUGAUUCAGUGUCCGAAAUAAGUCCACUUCUGGAAUCCGAUAUCGGUCUAAAAGUUAACGGACCUUCGCAGUAUUCAACCGUAGCAAAUUCAGAGGACGACAAUGAUGAGCAGAUUUAUCCGAUCCCAACAGAAGAACGGAUAUUGGAUUUGAGUGUCAUUACAGAGGAAGAAAAGCUUGGAUGCCCGGAAUUUUUUAUUGGCAGCAAAGUAAAACCACCAGAAAAGUAUGUGAAAAUACGAGACUCGAUCUUGAAAUCUUGGUAUGAUAGAAAACCGUUUUACUUAAACAAGCACAAUGCUCGCUGCGAUAUGCCUUGGUAUACUGGUGACAUAAAUUCAAUCGGAAGGGUACACGCGUAUUUGGAAAGGGUUGGUGCAAUCAACUAUGGUGCUGUGCAAAGGCCUAAGCGAAAUGGGAAAACGAACGUUUGCAGGAAGCGAAAAUUAACUGACUCGCCAAGGUAUGAUUUUCCAUCUCCCGAAACUGAAGACGAUGAUGCAGUUGCUGAAAGACUAUUGAAUGAUGACAUGUUCAACAACGAUUUGAUAACGGCUGACGAGAGAGAAGCAUUCAAAAGAUUUCUAACUGAAGGUAACGGUGUGGACACGUCUCCAAGUAACUACUCGAAGUUCAGGGAUCUGAUUUCUGAUAUGUGGGCGAAAUGCAAACAAAAGUAUCUAACAAAAUCGGACGUAGAAAGAAGAUAUACUGAUGAUGGUGAGGACACGAAUUCUGAUACUGGAGAUGACUCGUAUAUAGACAAUAGAACUAUCAUAAAUGGUACUUAUCCUCAAGGUGGCAAGAAUGGUGUUUGGGACAUGACAAAGACAUUCAGUCUCGGACUUAGGCCAAGGAAACGCUGGAAGAUGGACAUCAACCAAGAUUGGAUUGACAGGACAGAGUCAGAAGGCUUUACUAUCAAGCAUCUUUCUCCCGACGAAGAGCGGAUGGAAUCACGCGCAAGACCUUUGAGUUUUGCAAAUAAGCUCAAGAAAUCUUUGCCAGAAUCUGAUCCUUACAAGCUGGUACCAUGCAGAUUUUUCCCUUCAGAAAAUGCGCAACCAUUCACUGUUACCAUAUGCCUGAAAGCCUUACUUGUAAUGGAUUUUCACUCACAUCUUUCAUCUUCGGAAGUCAUUGGCCUAGUCGGUGGCAAAUACUAUCAUGCCAGCAGAAAGCUCGAGAUCAUGCGUGUGUCUCCAUGCAGCAACGUUGGCACAAAUCUUCAGUGUGAAAUGGACCCUGUGUCCCAGGCAAAGGCAUCAAGUGACCUAGCGCAACAUGGUUUGGACGUAGUCGGCUGGUACCAUUCCCAUCCUACAUUUGCACCAACUCCUUCUCUAAGGGACAUUGACACCCAGUCUACGUUCCAGGAAUGGUUCUCGCGAGCUGGUGCUCCGUUUGUUGGGAUUAUCAUAAGUCCCUACAACAUGACAAGCAACGAAGUGCCUCAUAAGUCACAGAUCACUUGUCUUACCAUCAGCGACCAAUGGGAUGAAAGCAGAUCAUAUCGUAUCCCGUAUAUGUUUAAAUUCAAAACAGAAGACCUUGAUAAAUCCGAUUCAUUCGAUGACACGAGGGAGCAAUUAAAAGAGACAAUGCAGACUGUGGAAGGAUGUAAACAGUAUUUAUGUCAAGGAAGACUGGGCAAUACUCCACCUGGGCUCCUUCUUUUGAAAUCCUUUGAAGCAAAACUAAACAGGAAAACAUCAAAAAAGGAUGAAGUUCUAUCUCAAGUGAGAGAUCUCAUUGGAAUUUAAAUUGUUGAUAAAUUUGAACCCUGUAUUAUGUUAGAAUAGAUUCGAUAUUGAAUCGCAAAUUUUUAAUGCUGAGCUUAACUCCAGAAUCAGCACUUUAAUAAAAUUGGAGAUUACUUUGCAUAAAAUGUUAUUUGUGUCUUUAGGUAGUAUUUUUGUUAGGUAACAGGUAUAUAUUGUCUCUAUUAUAGAAUAUUUAGCGUAACUGGUAAUACUUACCAUUUCCCUCACUCCAUGAAUGUAUCUCUUAUGCUAAGAUGCUCGUAGAUAUUGAAUAAUCAAUUGAUUUGGCCAUCCGCCAAGUUUAGCAAGGGUUUUUCUAAUGAGUUUUUGAUUCCAAUAUUUAAAAAAUAUUUACUUUGACAACCCAUUCUGAGCCAAGCAUAAUAGCAAUAUGAACCAGAUAUUUCUUGAACGGCUUGAAUAACUGCCUCUAGUACUCAAGUGCUAAAAUAUUACCCACUAACAGUGGUGUUCAAAUUACAUAUUAAAGGACCAAUUAUUUGUUGCUAUUGGGUUUAAAAUUCUUUGGUGGGUGCGCCAUCAGUAAUUGAGAACGAGCCAAAGAGUAGAAAUGUUCUGUGUAGGAGCAUUUGCUAAGAAAAAUUUUUCGUCAAAAAUUAUUAAGAUUUUUUUCUAAGCUUUUUGAAUCUUGAAUUUUCGGAUGAAAUGAAAAUAAAGUUUACCUAAUAUAUAGUUAUCUUGGGUUUAGAAAUAAAGACAGAGAAGCAAUGACUCUAUUGUGAAUAUGCUUAUGAGUACUAAUGCGUAACAUUGUAUUUGCACAAAGAAUUUUCUAAACAUUAAGAGACAUAUUUUUUUGCCUGAUUUUAUGCAAAGUGGAUGUGCAUUGGUCCACAGCUUUUAACCAAAAAAGGAUAUAAAGAUAACUAACUCUUCAGUGCAAGACUCUAACCAUUCUCUCAUUAAUAUUGCUUCGUUUGAAGCUUAUUUUUUCAAGGUAAUACAAUCGGUAGCAAACGUUAGUUUGAAGUUCAAAGAUGACUCGAAUUGAAAGUUAUACAUAAGUAGCUGAUUUAAAUGAGAGCUUACACCACUAUGAACCGUCGAUGUACUUUAAAGUCAACUUAAAGCAAAUUGAAAAGCCCUGCAAGCUAGUGAGCAGGAUUCAAUGGCGGAUACCUCAUGGAAAAUAUCGUCCAGUGUCUUACUCUGCUCAGAGCAGAUCUUAAUUGUCCUUAAUGUAUCGGUUUAACAUCUACAGUGAUAUUUCUAUGACUUAACCGAGUAUUGCAAAGCGUUUCCGUAGGUUAUAACCAGUAAAUUUUGUAUAUAAUAAGAAUAUUGUGUUUAUUUAAUGAAUGACAUUUUGGGACCA